GAUUUUCGCGCCUUCGUCUUAUACCACGUGUUCUGGAAGAUCAAGUAUUGGAAGACCGGUAGAAUGUGUAAUUGUAAUAGAAAUUAACAUAUUUGCAUAACCGUUUCUACGACUAAAAAAUGCCAAUUUUUCUUACGGAAGAGUGACAUUGUUUUAUCGAUAUUUACGAUAUUUACGAUACAAGCUUGGCGUCGACAGAUUCAACGAACGUAAAAUUCACGCGGGAAAAACAUCACGAACCAUUGUUAUCGCGUAUCUUUUGUUUACAGAAGGAACAAGCUGGCGGUACUAUGUCACGAAUUGUUAUUUUUGUAAUUAUCGACGCACACCAUCUGCCGGACUUUGGACAUACUUGGCAAAUCAUUGUCAACCGUCGUCAUUGCCAUCCAUACCAUCAGAUGAAUAGCAGGUGUGUUUAAAAUUCUACUCGAGAAAUCUUUUGUUUCUUUCUUAGGAGCUACGGUGCAUAAAGAAUCGAAACAACUCUUUCAGCCAAAUAAUGUAUUGUUUCGUGUCAUGUAGAAGAUGAAAACUGUGGAGGGAAAAGUUGUUGCUGUGGGAUCCCAAGGUAAAUCUUCAAUCGACGAAACAUCCUAACCUAUAUGUGUGUUGGAAAAACAAGUAUGAUCAUUCGUUACAUCAGGAAAACUCUGAACGAACAUGUCGAUCCUACGAUAGGCGCGUCUUUUUUUACGUGCAAACUGAACCUGGAAAAUACAAGAAUUUUGCUCAAGGUCUGGGACACUGCCGGCCAAGAGAAAUUCAGAUCGAUGGCACCGAUGUAUUAUCGAAACGCGAACGCUGCCAUGUUGGUGUUCGAUUUGACUCAGUACAACACGUUCACGGCAAUGAAGGGGUGGGUUGCAGAACUUCGUAAAAACGUCGAGGGGAGUAUCGUGUUAGUCGUGAUCGGAAAUAAAUCGGAUCUGAAAGAGGAGCGGCAAGUGAACGCCGAGGAGGGUCGAAUUUACGCGAGAAAAAUCGGUGCGAUCUACCACGAAACAUCGGUGGUGCAAGACGAAGGCAUCGAUAACGUGUUUCUAGAUAUCGGCAGGGAACUCGUCAGUCUGUCGUCGAGCGAACAUGUGACAACCAUCCGAGUGUACGAGUCGAACAAUUCGGCGGUUUGGUCCAGUGCGGACAUGCCCGUCUCGCCAACCUUCGAGGGAAAGUCUCAAAACGUCAGUAUUGCGCAUAGGAUGCACGAGAAACCGUACACAUGCUGCUAAUCCGUUGCCCCUAAGCUUCCCUUUGCUGCUUCAACUAUUCUUGACCAUCGCAGAUUGUACAGUCGGAUCGCGUUUUUGCGAUCGUUUCUUUGCGACAGUGCGCCGGGCACACUGUAUACACCUCUAACGUCUUUGGUUCGUUUAUCCGAACACGCGAUGUAUUUCGCAAUCAAUCUCUGUAGUGAUGUUCGCCUUGGAGAGCUCUUGUUACGUUUCAAACAAAAUUCGAUUCGUUUCAUGUGUCUUUUAAUUACUCUAUGUUUUUCGAAUAAAAAUGAGAAACGUUCAA